AUGUCUGUAGUCCUCUUGAAGCAGCUUUGGACCAUCUUCUCUCCCUAUGAUGCUGCUGUUGGAAGUACGCACAACCACUUUUCUUCGGUUCUCCUGAAGCCAAAGGAGAACAUCCCGGAACCGGUGUUCCCCCGUCGUCGGAAGCACCCAGAGCUCGCAUAUAAUACAAGUCCAUGGUACGGGAACCUCCGAGACGGAGGUCAUCAAGCACAUGCCUCCUCCGAUGCCCUAGACUCCCCGCCUCAGUCCAACGACAGGGCAAGGUCGACGUACAGAGAAGAUCGGGAGAGUGCGGGUCGGAGAAGUCGGUCGGAGGGACCGCAGAACCGCAGCUUGGGGAGACUCUCUUUCCUCUCCAGGCCUCCACCCUUCGGCUGCGACAUUGACUUCAAGAUCCCAUACAACUACCCUCCGCCGGCUAGGAGUGCGUACGUGCCCAAGGAGUCCAGUGAAUACGCGUUGCAAUAUUGCUGGCCGCGGUCCUUGGAAUCCACGCCUCGGAAGACUCCGAGGCCUGACAUGGUCCCUGAUACCCCGAGGAAAUCCCAAUCUCUUUCUCUCAUAGGAGCCGAUCAAGCAACCGGGUGGCGUGGAAUGAACGGACAAGUGACAGCGGGGACUCCAACCCAAGACACUUCAACGGAGAAAGUAGUUCGGAGAAAAUACAAGUCAGAAUACAGCAAGAAGUUCCGGCCGUUUUCGGCGUACCAGUAUGUGGAUGGUCAAUGGAGGAAGGCGAAGGGGGACCCGUCGAUGCCAGGGGAAGAGGAUGAUAACACGGAUGCAGAGGCUUCGAAUUACCACGGUCAUUCCACCUCCACCUCGGUCACCCCUAUCUCCACCCCUGACGUUCACGCCAAGCCCUGGUACGCUGAGGUCUCCGAACUCCGCAAGCAAGCCGGCCAAUAUCGGUGUCGGGGAUGGGGGACGGGAUUGACGUCGGAACAUAUGGCAGGGCUGUACAAGGAACAAGCUGCUACCCCUCGACGCAGUUCGAUCACUUCCACUUAUACGGCCGCUAUUCUUGCCAACAAGAGCGAUCGCGAGAGCCCAAAACGAGAGAAAGGGCGAGAGAAGGAGAAGGAGAAAGACAAGGAAAAGGAGGAGGCAGAGAAGGAGAAGAAGGCGAAACCGAAACUGGCCCCGAAGCCUCGGCCUCCUCGAUCAGCUGCUAAGCCUGGACCGAGACCGGGAUCAAGUGAAGGGACAACGAAACGAGAGCCGUCAUCCACAGUGACAGGGACGGAGAGGAAGCGCCCUCCCUCUGCUCCUCCCAAGCCCUCCGCCAGGACUCCACUUCCCACUAAGCGUCUACCCACCAAAGAUACAGCUCAGAAAAAGCCUCCUGUCGGUACGUUCACUCUCCCGCACGGGAGUGCCAUUUUCAGCGCCUUGCAUCUUCAGUCAUUCGGAUUCGCUUCUACAGCUGAGAAACCCAAGGUUCCUCCAAAGAAGACUCCUUCUCCGUCCACUCCCAAAGUGAAUGGAUCGACAUGGAAAGGAGCUCAACCUCCUCCGAAGCCUCCAACCUCAGGCGAGUUUCAAUAUCAUUACCGGUACAUUUCAACCAAUGCUUAA